GCGUUUUCAAGCGACGGCGUUGAGGAAGCGACAAAAUGGCGGCGGGCGCGCCGCUCCCUGAGGGAGGAUGAGCGGCGGGCGGCAGCGCACCUUGCCUCAGGUCUGGCGGGCGCCUGAGGGUAAAACCGAAGAGGAGGCCGCGGACAACGACAGCGACGAUGACUUGCUGCUGGCAGCCGCCGCCGCGGCGGACCCCGUGCCCGUGGAGGGUUUCAGCGAGGCGGCGGGAUCCAUAUGGAUCUACCCCACCAACCUGCCGGUGCGGCCGUACCAGGAGCGCAUGGCGGGCGCCGCGCUGCUGGCCAACACCCUCGUGUGCCUGCCCACGGGGCUGGGCAAGACCUUCGUGGCUGCUGUGGUCAUGUAUAACUUCUACCGCUGGUUCCCCUCCGGGAAGGUGCUGUUCCUCGCCCCGACCAAGCCGCUGGUGGCUCAGCAGAUGGAGGCGUGUGCCCGAGUCAUGGGCAUCCCGGCGCGGGACAUGGCGGAGAUGACAGGAGGAACCCAAGCUCUGGGCCGCCGGGAACUGUGGAACACCAAGAGAGUCCUUUUCCUUACCCCUCAGAUAAUGGUCAAUGACCUUUCUCGUGGCACCUGUCCCGCUGGGGACAUUAAAUGUUUGGUUAUUGACGAAGCCCACAAAGCCCUUGGGAAUCAUGCCUACUGCCAGGUUGUGAGGGAGCUGAGCAAAUACACGAGCCAGUUUCGGGUCCUGGCCCUGAGUGCCACACCAGGCAGUGACACCAAGGCUGUGCAGCAGGUUAUCUCCAACUUACUGAUCGCUCGGAUAGAGGUGUGUGCUGAGGAUUCCCCAGAAAUCCAGCCUUAUUCUCACGAGAGACAAGUGGAAAAAAUUGUGGUGCCACUUGGGGAAGAGCUGGUAGGAAUUCAGAACACUUACAUCCAGGUGCUCGAGGCGUUCGCCGGCCGCCUGAUCCGAAUGGGAGUUCUGGCCAGGAGGGACAUUCCCAGCCUCACCAAGUACCAGAUCAUCCUGGCAAGGGAUCAGUAUAGGAAAAACCCCUCUCCACAGCAUGUGGGAAUCCACCAAGGCAUCAUCGAAGGGGACUUUGCCCUUUGUAUCAGUUUAUACCACGGGUAUGAGCUGCUGCUGCAGAUGGGAGUCCGCUCCUUGUUCAUCUACCUUUGGGGAAUUAUGGAUGGAGCCAAAGGGUUGACCCGCACGAAGAACGAGCUGGGGCGUAACGAGGACUUCCUGAAGCUCUACCAGCACCUCCGGGCCAUGUUCUCAGACACAGCCGUGGCUCCAGAGACUGCAGGUGUCUGGAGGAGUGACACAGUGUUGGGAAAGAAAAAGGAAUUUGUCUACAGCCAUCCAAAAUUAAGGAAAUUGGAGGAAAUCGUAAUAGAACACUUCAAAUCCUGGAAAAAGGGAUGCUCUGAUCAGGAGGGGAGUGAAGGCCCCUGUGGGGACACCAGGGUGAUGAUCUUCUCCUCCUUCCGGGACAGUGUGCAGGAGAUCGCGGAGAUGCUGUCCCGCCUCAGCCCGGCUGUCCGCGCCAUGACAUUCGUGGGACACUCCACAGGGAAGAGCACCAAGGGCUUCACCCAGAAGGAACAGCUGGAGGUGGUGAGGCGGUUCCGGGAGGGCGGGUACAACACCCUGGUGUCCACGUGCGUGGGGGAGGAGGGCCUGGACAUCGGGGAGGUGGAUCUCAUCGUCUGCUUCGACGCCCAGCGCAGCCCCGUGCGCCUGGUGCAGCGCAUGGGCCGGACCGGGCGGCGCCGCCACGGCCGCAUCGUCGUCAUCCUGGCCCAGGGCCGAGAGGAGAGGACUUACAACCAGAGCCAGUGUAACAAGAGGAGCAUCCACAAAGCCAUUUCAGGGAACAAAACCCUGCGUUUCUACCAGCGCAGCCCACGGAUGGUUCCAGAAGGCAUCAACCCCCGGGUGCAUAAAAUGUUUAUCACUGCUGAGAAAUACGAGCCAGGCAACUCCAGAGGGCUCUGCAAGGAGAGAAGAUGCAGUUCCCUGCAGCACAAAUCUGCUCCCUUUUCCUGUGUCACUGGCCAGAAGCAAAGUUUCUCUCAUGAGAACUGGUCCCUGUCACCUGAGGAAUAUGAAACAUGGGACAGACUCUACAGGAUCAAGGAGAGUGAUGGGAUAAAGGAACCAGUAUUGCCUCGCACUGAGUUUGAAACCUUAGAAAACCUGGAAGAAAUACCACAGCAGGAGGGGGUGGCUCGGGAGCUGUCCCUGUGCGAGUGGAGCCUCUGGCAGAGCCGGCCCUUCCCCACGGCCCUGGUGGGGCACUCAGAGCCCUGUCACCACUUCAUCAGUGCCAUGGAAAUGAUGGAGCACAUGAGGCAGGAGCAGGGAGACUGCAGCUAUGGACGGGAGCUCCAGCCCCACUUAUGUGUGGAAGAUGUAAAUAUUCCAAGGAAUAAAAGGCAUCUCCUCAUGGCCAAGUCCAGCUGGGAUCAGAGAGCACGAUCCUCCAGGAAAGGCGUGGCACACACAUCCCAAAUGAAGCCAUUCCUGCCUGACAGAGGUGAUGACGAGAGUGAGCUCUUCACCACCUUUAAAAUAACCAAGCCAAAGCCUCCCAAAAGAAUUCCUGGAUCCAGUGUGGAGGUGGAUCCUUCGGCAUCUCCCUCAGGAAUGUUUGCUCUGGAUGAACAGCCCGACCAGGGCAGUGAGAGGGACAAGGAGCUGGAGGUGACAUUUGACUUAAACGCAGUUAUUGACCUGUGUGACAGCAGUGACAGCACUGACAUUCCUGACAGUCCAGCAGCAAAGGGAGACAAACCUGCAGGCAAAGCUCCUGGAUCCCUGGGGAUGCUCCCCGGGGAUUCAGGGUACGAGACAUCACCGCUGUCCUCAGACUUGUUCUAUCUCCCUGAAUCCUACGGGGAGUCACUCGGGAGACCCUCCCAGGAGCCUCCUGGCCUAGAACAAACAUUAUCCUGUGUGCAGAGGCUUUUGUCACAGUCCCCUCCCCCCAUUCCCUCCUGGCAUGAACUCGAGGACUUGGAGAACAUGGUGAGGAGUGAUCAAACAAUAUGUCCUGUCCCAGAGGUUAUCCCUGAGGGUCACUCUGCAGGACCACGGGACAGUGCCUUCUCCACGUCCUCAGGAGCUGAUCCUUCACUGCUGCUCGUGGAAAAUCCCAAACCGAACAUCCCCGGGGAAUUCUGUGCUCCAAGAAGUCCCUGUUUGUCCAAAACUGCCUCGUCUCCCAAGGCUGUUGUUGAAGAGGAGCACGCCUGGAAUGACAGCUUUGAUGGGCUGUUUGACAGCAAGGAAUUCCCUGCCAUCCGAGGGAACGCUCCAGCCACAAACCACAGCCUGACAAACGGCCCUUCCAACAAGCACUUUGUUCACAGAGACACUGCAGGUGCUGCCACUGACCACGAGAAGGUGGUGGCUGGUGGAGAGCAGAGCAUCCAUUUGUUUGAGGAUGAGCCUGUGGAUGACACCGGGGACAGCGGGUUCUCCGUGAGCAAGGAGCCUCCAGCCAGGCCAGAUCCAGGUGGGAAUGUCGGGACAGAUGGAGAGCGAGGAUCCAAGGGGGUUCCCUCCGAGGGGCCCUGUGUGAACACCAGCACCUGCAGGGAGCAGCCCCAGAGCAGUAAAUCCAUGGAAACAGCAGGAGUGCCCGAGCAGGGCCUGGAGAACGAGGAUCUCUACGACUGUUCCCAGGAGCUGUUCUCAGUCACCUUCAACCUGGGCUUUUCCAUCACAGACAGUGACAGUGAAACCCCCGAGGAAAACGGGAAUACUGGGAACAGCAGCAAAGCAAACGGUGCCUCGGGGAAUGGUGCAGGGGCAAAAUCCACUGAGGAUGGAAAGAUAUUCCUGAGGGAUGGGUCCAGGCUGGAAACCUCGCCAGAAUGGGAUUGCAGAGAUCUGGAGAGAAGAGACGUUUCCACACCGUUGUCAUUCCAGAGCAGGGGUGUGAAUGACAGGGAAGGGCCAGAGGCUGCUCCUGCUGCAGUGCCUUCCCUGAAAUCAGGAGGCAGGAGAACGGGAAGGGCAUCACCUGAACCUUUGCCUUCGGCACUCUCGACCCCAGUAAGCAGGAAGGGUGGCAAUGUCCAAGCUAUCAAAAGGAUUCCUAGGAAAGUCUUCUCCAGUGCCAGGGAGGAGACUCCAGAGGUGCCCCCUGGAGAUAAAGUCCAUAAAAGCCCACGUGGGCAGAACUUUGGGAGUUCAGCUGUGGAUUCCCCUUUAGGAAGAACUGCAAACCUGGAAGACACCACCCUCCGUGGAUCCCGAGCGUGUCCUGCUGCAGGAACCAGCAGUGAGAGUGAGGAAGAGAUCGUUUUCCAGAGAAAAAACAGGAUAAAAAAGAAUGUUUUGAAGUCUCCUGAUGGGAUGGACGAGAGUGACUUUGAGUGCCCACGGCCUCGCGUCCCCAGGAAACGUCGGCACCCCCUGGACAUGGGCUGUGUUCCCUGUUCCCAGUCAGAGUCCAGUGAUGACAGUGGGGAUUUUGCCCAGAACUGGAGCAGGACCAUGAGGAGCAGCUCCACAGCCCAGAACAAAGCCCGGCCAGGACGAGCCAAACGGCUCCGGAGCAGUUCCACAGCCAAGGCCACAGCCAGGCAGUUCCUGGAGGAGGAGGCAGAGCUGUCCCAGCACGGGGCACACGGGCUGUCGUCGGACGAGAGCGACGGCACCGAGGACGAGCUGAGCUCCUCCAUGGCCCAGUUCCUCAACGACGAGGGGGACGUCACACAGGCCCUGAAUGACACGGAGAUGAGGGCAGUGUACCUGGAGUCCGUGCGCAGCCCCGCCCUGGGCAGCAGGUACAGGAUGGUCCAUCGGGAGUUCAACAGCUCGGCCAUCUUCUCACAGAUUCCCGAGCAGGACACGGAGUACGUGGAGGACAGUUUCUGUGUGGGGGAUGAGGAGGAGGAAGCCUGCAGACAGAGUGGGCCCAGCGAGGAGGAGGAGGAGGAGUGUGUGAACUGGGGUCUCCUCACCAGGGACAGUGUCCCCGGUGCCCAGGGCCGGUACCUGACCCGGCACAGGAGGAGACUGAACCAGGCCAGGCUGGAGCAGAGCCCGCCUGCCCCAGGGCACAGGAGGAAACCAUCCCGGAUCGUUGUGCUCAGUGACUCCAGCGAGGAGGAGAUGGCUGUCAGCAGGGAGCAGUCCAUGACAGCAGGCUGUUCCAGGGCAGGACAGGGGAGCACAGAGUGUCCCCAGCCCUCGGUGCCCCCUGCACGGCACAGCCACAGUGCUGGGGCAGUGCCAGCCCCUCGGCCUGGGGGGCACGACAGGGACAUGCUGCUUGGCCUGCAGGCUUCGGACUCUGAGAGGCUGGAUUUGCACCCAGACCAUCCCAGCAGGAGCACGUCCUUCCCACCACCUGUCCCUGGCUCUGUCCCGGCUCCCACUGAGUCCCUGUGUGAUCUCCAGCCCUCACAGGUGAAGAGCUCUGGGAAGAACCCCCGUGGGAGCGCCUCAGAUCCAGCGUGUCCCGCAGCCACAGAGCCCUCCUCGGCCUCAGCCAGGCUCUCCCGGGACCCUCCGGGGAAGGGCCCUUCCCUGAGCAUCCUGGCAGACAGCAGGGAGAUCAGCUGUGGGGCAGAGGUGAUCUCCUCCCUGCGGGCUGUGCACGGGCUCCACGUGCAGGUCUGUUCCCUGGGCACCUCCGACUACAUUGUCAGCACCCGCCUGGCCGUGGAAAGGACCUUCCAGUCGGAAUUGCAGGGCCCUGGGAACAGGAACAGACUGAGCCAGAGGCUGCAGCGCCUGCAGGGCCUGUUCCAGAGGGUCUGUGUGAUCCUGGAGACAGACAGGGCCAAACCAGGAGAAACGUCCCGUAGUUUCCAGCGGACUCAGUACUACGAUGGAGUGCUCUCGGCCCUGGUCCAGGCUGGCAUCCGCCUCCUCUUCAGCUCCUGCCAGCAGGACACUGCUGUUCUGCUCAGGGACCUGGCCCUGCUGGAGCACAGGAAGGGAGCUGCCAUCGAUGUUCCCACGGAGCUGGAGGGGCCCCGGCGGGACCUGCUGGGCUUCUACCUGAGCAUCCCCCCCCUCAGCUACGUGGGGGCCCUGCAGCUCUGCCACUGCCUCGGCUGCCCCCGUGACCUGGCCAACAGCUCCCCCAGCGCGGUGGCCGCGGCCGCGCGGCUGAGCCGGGACUGUGCCGAGGAGAUCCAGCGGUACCUGCGCCACAGCUUCGACCCUCAGCUGCUGCCACAGCCCCCCCGCGCCGGCGGGAAGGGCCCCGCGGCCUCCCGGAGCUGAGGGGACUGGGGGCCCUGCUCUGCACUUUACUGGGAUUGGUGUCCAACCCAAUAAACCCUCACAAGCACCGGGCUUGGGAGGCACCGGCCGGGCUGGGAGCAUCCCGAGA